AUGAGUUGACAAGACCCUUGCAGUCUCUUGGAUCUUGCAGUGCAGAGCCUGCUUAGUGAUGAAGACUCAGCUGUGCGUGUCCUGGAAGAACUCCCUGUCAGCCGCUUCCCAAUACUCUUCACGGAAGCCUUAGCUGGGGGGCACAGAAAGAUUGUGAAGGCCAUGGUGCAGGUCUGGCCCUUUCCCUGCCUCCAUCUGGGAUCACUGAGAGAGCAGUCAAAAUCUCUGUUGGAAGCUGUGCUAGAUGGACUGCAAUUUGUUCCUGCCAACACUGCAUGCCACAGUUGCUUGGGCCACCUUAAGAAGCUCCACCUGAUAUUCAACUCUCUCUCAGGGCAGCUACAUAACAUGCUCAGUUGCCUGCAGAAACCACUGGAGAGUCUGGUGGUCGGUGAAUGUAGACUUACUACGAAUGAUAUUGCCUACUUGUUCUCGAGUGUUCAUGCCACCUGCCUGAAGGAGUUGGUAUUAUCUAACAAUUACUUGUCUCAAAUUGUUCCUGGGCCCCUGGAGGUUCUGUUGGGUGAGGUCUCAGGCACCCUGCAGCACCUGAACUUGAGAAGCGGUGGGUUGGAGGAAUCCCAACUCAAAGCCCUCCUGCCUGCCCUGUGCAGCUGCUCCCACCUCUGUUCCCUUGUCUUGGGUAACAACAUUAUCUCCAUGUCAGACCUCAUGAACAUGCUUCAGCAGAUAGCAGGACUGAAGGAGCUGAAGCGUGUGCAGUACUCUGUCCCUGCUGACUAA